AUGUCUGUCACCCCACCACCACCACCAGCGCUCCGACAGGCGAUGGAAGAUGGCUCAGAAGUAGGGAUUACAGAAGAGGAGCUGUAUCAAUAUCGUCGAUACAGAUGGCUAUCGGAUGAGCCUGAGAAGCUUGCUAUACGCUAUCGUCGAUUCAACCUCGAUGCACUCCUAGAUGUGGCCAUUAAGACUGCUGGUAGUGGAGCUAGAUCCUGUACAAAAGUAUUGAAGUGCAUAGAAGGCCAGUUCAACAAGGCAUUUCUCAUUACGAUGGACAAUGGUGUUGAGGUUCUUGCGAAAAUUCCUAACCCAAAUGUUGGAUCGGCAUUCUUUACAACUGCAUCUGAAGUUGCUACACGAAACUUUGUGCGGGAGGUUUUGAACUUUCCCGUUCCCCGUAUACACACAUACUCCUUGGAUCCACUCAAUCCAGUAGGCGUCGAAUAUAUCAUAGAGGAGAAAGCUAGAGGCAAGCCUUUAGGUAACUUGUGGCGCUAUUGGUCUCGAGAGUCACAACUAGAUGUUGUGACAGAGCUUGUGGAUUUGGAGGCAAAGCUUGCAUCCGUGUCGUUCCAUAGCCAUGGUUGCAUAUAUUACAAGGACGAUCUGGAAAGAAAAGGCCUGCGCGCUCCAAGCCUUGAAGCUACGUACAAUUCCAAUGGCAAUCCUUCGAAAGAAUUCGACCCAUUACAUAUCGCAAAAUUUGCCCUUGGACCCUUGAGUCAACCAGUACUUUGGGAAGGGCAACGGGCAACAAUGGCUUUACAGCGAGGUCCCUGGCAAAAUACUGUCGACUACAUGCUGGCUAUGGGCCUGAACGAGAUACAAUGGACCAGGACCUUUGCAACGCCACAGAUGAAUUAUUGUCGUCCUGUAGACACGCCCGAACUACCGGAGGAAUACGUUUCACUUCUAGAACGAUAUCUCAUCCUCGUUCCCCACUUAACCCACAUUUUCCCUGAGGAGUUGCAUUCCAAAACGCUUUUCCUCCAGGAUCUCCACCUGGACAACAUAUUUGUUGACCCAGAUACGAAGAAGAUCACUAAUAUUAUUGAUUGGCAAUCGACCGCGGUGUCCGGAAUACUUUUGCAGUACAAGGUUCCAGCCAUGCUUCCUCCUCCUGGUGGAUACAAGAGCAUACCAGAAUCGACGUCGGAUGGGAUAAAGAGAGCAAAUGGCUCAGUUGAGAAUGAUGAAAUUCUCAGUCGCUAUCAGGACCUCACCCGUUCCAAAAACCCUCUCCGCUGGGCUGCAAUCAACCACCUCCACAAGUCGACUUUGCAAGCUGUUUCCCUGGUUUCUGGUGCAUGGAGUCGGAAUGAUGUAUUUUCCUUUCGGCAUGCGCUGAUAACUAUUGCGGCUCACUGGAAAGAUAUCAAUCCUGACUCAAUACCAUGUCCGAUAAGCUUUACCGAUCAAGAAUUGUGGCUCCACAACGAAGAAAUGGAGCUACUAGAAGAGCUUGGAACCGUGCUACACUUACUUCAAGAUCAGAACCUGAUCUCGGUCGGUGGUAUGGUUCUACGCAGUGACUACGAACGAGCUCACGCCGUGAAUAUACACCUUAAGAAGAUGUUAUUGGAUAUGGGUGAAUAUGAGCAGCAAAAAGCUUUAUAUGAGAAGAUAUGGCCGUACUGA